AUGCAACAACCACCUCAACCAGGAUUUCAGCAUCCAGGCAUGGUCCAGCCUGGAAUGAUUCCUCAGCCUGGAAUUCCUGCUGGAAAUGUCCAGUUCAGAAAACGUCCUAGUGAAACCGACUCAUUGGCAAAACAUAUAAAAAAGAAGAGACCAACAGAUCGCAAUAUGCCUCCAAAGAUUGAAGCAUUUGUACCCGAAUCUAAGCUUUAUACCGAAUUAAGUGAAUUUGAAAAAACAUUGGAUGCUACCAUUAUGCGAAAACGUCUUGAUGUUCAAGAGGCUUUAGGAAAGCCCACCAAAGUCCGACGCACAUUACGCAUCUUUUUAUCAAAUACAUCUGCAGAUCAAGUAUCAUCACAUCAGAACACAGACGAUGAACACGCAUUCGAUUUGAAUAGUGGAAAUGCACCCUCUUGGACGUUGAAGGUCGAGGGCCGUCUUUUGGAUCCUCCUGUUCCUACAAAAAAGGCACAACCAAUUCAAAAAUUCACUUCUUUCUUCCGCUCAAUCACUGUAGAUCUAAUUAGAGAUCCUAAUCUUUACCCUGAAGGAAACAUGAUUGUUUGGGAGAAACAGCCAAAUGCGGCAGACUUUGACGGCAUAGAGAUGAAAAGAAAAGGAGACACCAAUGUUCAAGUUAGAAUUGUUCUUGAUCCUGAAUACAACCCCCAAAAGUUCAAGUUGAGUCCUGCGCUUAGCGAUAUGCUGGACAUGAAGCUCGAGACAAAGCCACAGAUUGUGAUGGGAUUAUGGAACUACGUAAAGCAUCACAAACUCCAAGAUGCUGAAGACAAGCGAAUUAUUCAUUGUGACCCAAAGAUGGCCCAACUUUUUGGUGCACCUCAAAUAUUCUUUUCUCAACUCCCAGAGCUCAUUAAUCAUCAUAUGACCCGUCCUGAUCCAAUUGUCCUUAACUAUACUAUCCGUGUCGAUAAAGAGUUCCAUCAGUCACCCAAAGCAUACGAUGUUGAUGUCGAGUUAGACAGUGUAGUUCGCCAAAAGAUGUUGAAUAUCGUUUCAUCUACUCAAGCUCAAAAGGAAAUUAUGGGUUUGGAUGACAAGAUCGUGCAAUGUGUUCAAAGUAUCAACAACUCCAAAAUCAAACGAGACUUUCUUAUGCAAUUUGCUCAGCAUCCUGUUGAAUUUAUUAACAAGUGGAUUGCAAGUCAAGCAAGAGAUCUCGAGGUUAUUCUGGGUGAGACCAAGGUCAACUUGGAAGAAAUGAGACAAACCGAUUUUUACAAGCAACCUUGGGUUAAGGAAGCAGUAUUCCAUUAUCUUACUGCAAAGACCCAACAACGUAUGCAGGAGCUUAUGAACGCUCAGCGUGGACAGUAG